GUGCAAACGCUGGCCGUCAAUGUUCAACCCUCCCGACACGUGUCGGACGCCCUAAAGAAGAACCGCUGUCCGUCCGACGCUGUGUUCAGCUGGCGACCUCGUGACCGUCGCUCACCCGCCAAUUUGUUUGUUAGGAGUCCCGCCCCAGGGGUGAAUUCCAAGAAAGGACGCCUUGCGCCAACAUUGAUGCAGCUCGCGUUCACUGAGGGCAGAAAGAAACGUUUCGAAAAAGAAUCGAAUGGAGGGACCCUCCCCCUCCAUAUUGCAAUUGGCAUUUAUCACCAUUAUUCUGUCAAGGUCAUCUUCCUGUAUAUUUUUUAACCAAGACGAUCAAUCUGUAUUUAUUAGAUGUAUUUAUUCUGCACCAAUGUUUCGGCCUUCCCGGUCCGGCUUGUGCUCAAAUGACGGCGAAUAAACCAUGAACGAGAGACAUUUUAUCAAGUCAAUAAAAUCAAGUUGGGAAGUUUUCCCAGUUCAGACCCAGAUUGGGAGUAGUGGGAAGCGUUGGAAAUUGUAAUGACCAGCAAUUUUUGGAAUUAUGCCUGUGCACAAUGACUCGUCUUCGUGUCAUUCAAGUUAUUACCAGCAAGUCUCGCAUGAACAUUAACAGACACAGCAAUGAGGAGGGGGGUGGGGGUGUGUGUGUUUGAGGAGGGCAAGGGGGUUUCAUCUAGAGCCAAGUGACACGUCAAAGUCUGCACACCCCGGAGGAGGACUUCUCGCCGUGGUCUGGCCGUCGGGUUCCGGUUCUGUACAGUUGAUUUGAAGGUGAGAAGAACGUCAUCUUCACGAUGGGCUUCAGCGAGCUGCUGGAUGAGAUGGGCGGUUUUGGGCGCUACCAGUGGCUCCACGUGACCCUCAUCAGUUUCCCGGGCCUGCUGAUGGCGAGUCAGAACCUCCUGAACAACUUUGUCUCAGGGACCCCCGGCCACCACUGCAGCGUGUCCACAAAUCAUAGCCUCUGGAACCUCACGCAGCAGGUGGACCGCCAAGACGUUUUGAAGGCCUUCAUCCCAAUGGACGCCUCUGGGACGCGACUGGAUCGCUGCAGGAGAUACGUGACGCCGCAGUGGGAGAUGCUAACCGCCAACAACUCGGCUAACGUCAGUCACCUGCCCACCGAAAGCUGCGCGGACGGCUGGACUUUCGAGUCCUCGGAGUUCCGAGCCACCACCGUUUCCGAGUGGGAUUUGGUGUGUACGCGACGUCCCCUCAAGCAGAUGAUCCAGACGGUGUACAUGGGUGGCGUUUUAGCGGGCGCCGUCGUCUACGGCGGCCUGUCCGACAGGUUCGGGCGGCGCUCUAUCCUGAUUUGGUCGUACCUGCAGCUGGGCGUCCUGGGCUCCUGCUGCGCCCUGUCGCCAUCUUACUCCAUCUACUGCAUGUUCCGCUUCCUGAGCGGCAUGGCGGUGUCAGGCAUCAUCCUCAACUCCGUCUCCCUGAAGGUGGAGUGGAUCCCGACCAAAACCCGGACUCUGGCAGGAACGCUCACCUCCUUCUACUUCACCUUUGGUCAGAUGGUCUUGGCUGGCUUGGCUUAUUGGCUGAGGGACUGGAGGAAGCUGCAGUUGGUGGUGUGCGUUCCCCACUUCCUCUCCUUUGCCUUCAGCUGGUGGUUGGCAGAGUCGCCGCGGUGGCUGGUCCUUCGGGGUCGAUCCCAGGACGCCUUGAAGACCCUCCGCAGAGUGGCUCGCAUCAACGGAAAACCCCAAAUGGCGGAAAAGCUGACGCUGGAGGUGCUUCACUCCCACAUGAGCAAAGAGAUGGAGUGCCAUCGCAAGACGCUGACCGCCUACGACCUGCUGAGGACGCCCGCCAUGAGACGCAUCUCUGUUGGCCUCAUCGCCGUCUGGUUCUCGACCAGCUUUGCGUACUACGGUUUGGCGAUGGACCUGCAGAAGUUUGGGGUGAGUAUCUACGUGAUGCAGCUCAUCUUUGGAGCCGUGGAUUUUCCCUCCAAGUUUGUGGCUCUGGCCAUGCUCACUUUCCUCGGGAGGAGGGUGACUCAGGCCUCGUGCCUCCUCAUGUCCGCCCUCGUCAUCUUCGCCAACACCUUAGUCCCGACGGACAUGCAGGUGGUCAGAACCACGUUGGCGUGUCUUGGUAAGGCCUUCACCUCGGCGUCCUUUACUACCGUUUACUUGUACACUGGAGAACUUUACCCAACCAUCAUCAGGCAAACCGGAAUGGGUCUGGUGUCCACGAUGGCCAGAGUGGGCAGCAUGGCGGCCCCCGCCGUACUCAUCUUGGAUGAGGUUUUCCCCGCUCUGCCCAGCGUGGUUUACGGGGGUGCGGCCGUGCUGGCUUCAGGCUUCGCUUGCUUGCUGCCGGAAACGCUCAAUGUUCCGCUGCCGGACACGAUCCAGGAUGUGGAGGAGAGAUGGUCUGGAAAAAGGCACGCUGGCCAGAAGGAAGGUUCGUCAGAAGACGAGCAAGUGGAGCUGUCUUUAAAACAAGUGAAGGAAGUUGAAGGAAGCGGUCUCAAUGCCCUCUGACCAAUUAUGGCCACUUCUUCACAGAUGUGAUCAUUUGAUCCAUCUUUUAUUUGUUAUGUAGUAAUCAUAUGAUGUGUUGAUAUACAAUUGUAACCCGUGGUUAGGCAUCGACUGAUCCAAUUAAUGUGCCGUCUGAUACAGAAACAAGAACUAUAAAUGAUAAUGAUGAA